UUUGCCCCCAGUGCUGCAGCUCCUGCACACUCUGUAAUUUGAAGUCACUCCUACCAGAGAAGUGCGCACUGUAGCCUGCCUCUCACAUUCAAGGGCUUUUUGAACAGCAACACCUCAGUGGACCAACCAAGGACAGACCGUUGAAUCUGAAUGCAGCUUUUUUUUUAUUUAUGAGGUUUUUGGGUUGUUUUUUUCCAUUAAUGGAGGAUACCUGAACAAAAAGUUGGCACCUGCGAGCACUGAGUGUGAACCAUGAAUUGCGCAGCAUCUCUGGCCACUUGCGAUUAAUACACAGGAGAGGAGCGCAUCUCCAUCUGAGGAUGCGGGUCGCACGUUGAGUGCCACUGCACGGUGUUGGGCAAGGGAGGGGAAACCAAACUUGCGCAAAGAGCCAAGCAGCGAUUGCUUGGCACACAUUGGGCCACAGAUACAAUGGCGACCCUACGGAGGAAAUUCGGGGAGGACUACCAGGUGGUAAACACCAACCGGGGCACGACUUUCUCCGCCCCGGCGAAGAGGAAGAGGCAGCGGUUCGUGGAGAAGAACGGCCGCUGCAACGUCCAGCACGGUAACCUCGGCGGGGAGACCAGCCGGUACAUCUCCGACCUCUUCACCACGCUGGUGGACCUCAAGUGGCGCUGGAACCUGCUCAUCUUCAUCCUCACCUACACGGUGGCGUGGCUGGUCAUGGCUUCCAUGUGGUGGGUGAUCGCCUUCAUCCGCGGCGACCUGAGCCACGGCGGCCACGACGCGUCCUACACCCCGUGCGUCGCCAACGUGUACAACUUUCCCUCCGCGUUCCUGUUCUUCAUCGAGACCGAGGCGACCAUCGGCUACGGCUACCGCUACAUCACGGAGAAGUGCCCCGAGGGCAUCAUCCUCUUCCUCUUCCAGUCGCUGCUGGGCUCCAUCGUGGACGCCUUCCUCAUCGGCUGCAUGUUCAUCAAGAUGUCGCAGCCGAAGAAGCGCGCGGAGACGCUGAUGUUCAGCCAAGACGCGGUCAUCUCGCAGCGGGACGGCAAGCUGUGCCUCAUGUUCCGAGUGGGGAACCUGCGCAACAGCCACAUGGUCUCCGCGCAGAUCCGGUGCAAACUCAUCAAGUCUCGGCAGACCCCAGAGGGCGAGUUCCUGCCGCUGGACCAGUGUGAACUGGACGUGGGCUUCGGGACGGGGGCGGACCAGCUCUUCUUGGUGUCGCCUCUGACCAUCUGCCACGAGAUCAACACCAAGAGCCCAUUCUUCGAUCUGUCACAGCGCUCUCUCAUGAACGAGCAGUUUGAGAUUGUUGUCAUCCUAGAAGGCAUCGUGGAAACCACGGGCAUGACUUGCCAGGCGAGGACUUCCUACACUGAGGACGAAGUCUUGUGGGGUCAUCGUUUCCUACCUGUCAUGUCACUAGAGGAGGGCUUCUUUAGAGUCGACUACUCCCAGUUCCACAACACCUUUGAGGUCCCUACACCACCCUACAGUGUCAAAGAGCAGGAGGAGAAGUCGUCGCUGACAUCACCCAACGCUCUGCCUGUCGCGCCCACCCCCUCCUCUCCUCUGCUGGGCAACGGCGCCCGCGGGGGCCGCAGGGAAAGGCUCCUGUCAGCCGACUAUGCAGACCACGUAGAGGACCAGGCCUCCAGGCUACCCAGCAAACUGCAGCGCAUGAGCUCCACCAAGGAUGAGAACUUCUGGAGGGGGUUGAAGACAGGGACAGCCCUGCCAGGGGGGAAGGCGUCCAGCACAGGGGACCUGCCGCUUAGCAUUCAGAGGCUACGGUCCAGCUCCAUUCCGGUUGCAAGGCAAGGACAGCUGGAGGAGCAGGUCCAGCUGUUGUCCUUGGAUGGAAAUGCAGAGGAGGCGGAGCACAGACCGCCAGCAGCCAUCAGCACCAUCGCUGCUCCGACCUCAGUCCAGAUCCCCUUUGUCGGGAGUCGGCCGGAGGACAACCUGCCCCCCAAACUGCGCAGAAUGAAUGCUGACCGCUGACAUAUGCCGACUCCCUUUAAGACUAAAAAGACAUUUUGAAAUCGCACCAGGCUUGAUGGGCAUUGUAUAUAAACAAGGACUACUGUGAAACAAGUUUUUUUUCCCCCUGCAAAUUUUGCCAAGUAUUUUACAUUUACUUAAACGCGCUCUACUAAGUUGUCCAUUCCCACAAACAGAAGGACAACACCAAUAAGCCAUCCAUCCGCUCAUACUGUGAGCCAUUUUUGAUAGAUCACCAUCUGUGCCCCCUACUGACUUAUAACACUUCUGCUCUUGUGCAUGUUUCUCUCAUUUCUGUUCAUGAAGUUGCAUCAAAGAUUUUCUCGUUAUCUCAAAAAAAACAACAUUUCAAUUCAUCCAACAUCAAAGUGGCCGUUUGCCAAGCAUUGACUAUUUGGACUGGAUUGCUUCGAUUUCUCCUCAUGCCUAAAGCGGUGCAUGUGGAACUGUAGCCAGAGUGACACUCAGCAUUCGAAGGGCUUGGAUUGUAUUGUCUUUCUUAAAACUUUUACAAACCAAGACCAUACGCGAAAAAGCAUCCGUGUCUUGCCAAUUCCACUUGAGAUUUUUUUGUAUAUUUGCCAAACACUUAGUGGCUUAGUAUUCGUCCCAAAUGUCCUUUCUCUUACAAACUUAAAAGUCAAAAAACACGGUGUGAAGACACAAACUGAGCUAAGCAGCCAAAUGGGUUUAAGAACAAAACAAACAGUCUGAUCUCUCUUUUUUUUUUUACUUUUCUUCACUGCAAUUCUAGAAAAAAGAUAUAUAUUAUUCUUUAUCACAAAAUGUUUGCUAUCUAAUUCAUAUUUGAGACCCUUUAGUUUUUGAAAAUAUUUAUACAGAAUCUGAUCUGAUCAGAAUAAUACAAUGACUGAGGAUUUUGAGCGAUACAUUACACACGGUAUGUGCCCAUCAACCCGAAUAAGGUUAAAAAAAUUCAUUUAAAAAUGUCACACAAUUCAGGUCGAUGCACCCUAUUUAUUUGUCACUUAAUAUUAGUUUGUUUGAAUGCACAUUUGAGGUGUAUUUUUAUUACUGUACCAUUUUCACUAUUCUUGGAGCAGUGUUUGCAUUGGCCAUACCUGACCAAAUGUAACCACAUCAAUUUUGGACUACAGACUUUCUCUUACAUGAGAAAAUGUAAAACAAACAUUUGGGAAUGCAGGGAUGCUGACAUCAGGGGUAGAAUAAAACUUCAUAAUUGCAACUGAUAAUAAAUUAUUUUGAAAAUCACUGUGUCUGUGUGAGUAAAGAAGUCAUUUACAUGCUGCACGGCUGUCUUCAACAUUUAAUUACCCAUAGAUUUGUUUCUGCCAACAUCAGACACUCGUGUCGCCGGCUGCCAUGGUUAAACCAACAUUCAUCAAUUAAAAGCUUAAAUACAAGUGUGAUAGUGCUUAUCGUUUAUUAAAGAGGGAAAGAGUAAAAUAGUAAAAACCAUAAAAACAUUAACUCACCAGGUUAACAUAUUUACUCCUUCCUCUGCUCACUUGAAAUAAAAGCCUCUGACUUUCUCCUGUGAG